CUUUCCUCCAACUUCGUGGCGGCCGGACCCCUUUUUCAAGCCCCCAGCCCGCCGCCGCUCCCACUCGUCCACUCCUCCCCCACCCUUCUCUUCUUAUUUCCGGUCAAACUCCUCUCUUCUCUUCCAUCUCUCUCUCUCUCUCUCUCUGUCCGCCGCCGCCGCUGCCGCCACCAUGACGGGACCGGGGCUCUUCUCCGACAUUGGGAAGAAGGCCAAAGAUGUGCUGACAAAGGACUACAGCUGUGACCAGAAGUUAACCAUCUCGACCCACAGCGCCUCUGGAGUGGGCCUUACUUCUGCUGCAGUGAAGAAAGGGGGCCUUUAUUCUUUUGACAUUGGUACACAAUACAAGUACAAGAACACCCUUAUCAAUGUUAAAGUCGACACAGAUUCAAAUGUCUCAACAACUCUCACCAUGUUAGAGAUCUUGCCAUCUACGAAAACUAUUGCUUCUUUUAAGCUGCCAGAUUACAAUUCUGGGAAGCUGGAGAUUCAAUAUUUCCAUCACCAUGCAAGUUUUACCACGGCUGUGGCCUUGAAGCAAUCACCUGUUGUUGACCUUUCUGGGACGGUAGGUGCCCAUGGCAUUGCUUUUGGUGCAGAGGCUGGUUUUGACACAGCUUCAGGAAGUUUUACCAAGUACAGUGCUGGAAUAAGCUUGGGAAAGCCUGAUUAUAAUGCUUCCAUAAUUCUGGCGGACAAGGGAGACACACUCCGUGGUUCAUACGUGUUCCAUUUGGAUGAGAUGCAGAAAAGCGCUGUGGUUGGAGAAAUUACCAGAAGGUUCUCUACCAAUGAAAACACAUUCACUGUUGGAGGGCAAUAUGCUCUUGAUCCCCAAACUACUGUGAAGUCGAGGCUGAACAACUCUGGGAAGCUUGCAGCACUUCUCCAGCAUGAGCUGAAGCCCAAGUCGAUUCUGACCAUCUCUGGUGAGUUUGACACCAAGUCCUUGGAUAGAACUCCCAAGUUUGGUCUGGCACUUGCUCUCAAGCCAUGACUUGUCUGUGGGUAGAGGGUGUAACUUGAUUUUUUUUGGUUGGGUCCAGAAGUUACCGCCAAUAAAAUUACAUCACAGAUUCUUUUGUUGAAAUUUUGGCUCACUGUGGAUGAUUUGGUUGAUGCCCUUAUUUACUAUUUCCCUUUUAUUCUUGGAUGUAACUCGACCUGUGGUAGAGUUGUAAUGUUAUUUCCUGUUGAGGCGCUGCCCUCACUAGACUCUGAGAAAUUAUCACAAGAGUUCCUGUCUUGCCGAAUUUGCACUUGACAA